CGAGCAUCUUAUUUUCUGACGACGCUGCUCUAGCACUUCCUUGGGAAGCGCUUGCAUUACCACAUUCGCGAUGACGGAUUCUCCGAAUCCAGGUUCGCCGAAAGUCUUGGGCGGGCAACGUGGCGGUCCUGCGGCUGCAUCUACGCCCUUUUAUCGCGGAUCGGCUGCAAGCUUGCCAAAUCUAGCCGUACCAUCUCCUUUAGGAAGCCCGGCCCCCCAAAGACGCAAUGCCACGCAUGCCGACAAUUCAACCUCGAAUCAAGCGAGCGAGGUUGACUUGCAGGCACCGAGAAUUUCUGAUUCCAAUGAUGUGUCCACCCUCCACUCGAGGCGAAGAAGUUCGCUACAUUCCAUCAAAUCCCUGUUCGCAAAGCCCAAGCUCUCCACGGUUCUCGAUCGGCUCGGAUAUGCAACUUCUGAAGGACUUUUCUUCGAUUCCUCCAAUUUUAAUGCCACCAAGAUCACCAGUUUUGGCAUGUAUUUAGCUGAGGAUGUCAGUGAUCUAAUCACAAAGCCAGAGGAAUGGAAACCUGUUGAUCUAUUGGUCUUGAAAUUCGAAGCACUUCGUGAUCUACAUGCCAGUCCACUGGGAAUAAAGUUGGCCCAAGAAGAAGACGUGGAGGAGCCUGCAUCGAAUAGGGAACCUGAGGAGAACAGAAGCAGCUCCAAUUCUGUUGUCACUGACUCGACAGGAACAACUCUCGACGGUCGUAGGCGUCGAUCAUUCUCGUCUGAGAGCAUCCGGUCUGUCUCGUCAAAGAAGAGCACUAUUUCACGAGUUUCUAAGCUCUGGCGCUCGCGGUCCGCAACUUCCCUCGCUAAUCUCGCUGAUGGACCACCUUCAGGUCUACCUGUACCCCUUUUUGAUACCUUUCGCCGUAGUGUUCUUCGAAGAAUAUCGCAUCUUAUCCUGUCAAUAGACGUAUGUGAACUUUAUCGGCUAUAUUCUCAAACUGAUCGAGGGACGGCCUCGAGUUUCACGCGAUUUUUAGUGUCGUACCUCGCCGCAGGUCUAGCUACGAUGCCCAGUCCAAUUUCUGGGUUUCUCUUCACUGGGUUAAGGGAAUGGAUUUUACUUCGGAAGGGCAACCCAAAUAAGGUGGAGAAGCUUUUGAAUGCUAUUCGGGGAACAAAGGAUGUGGGGUGGUCGGUACCGCUGAUUUUCGUCGAUGAGUAUGGGAUGAAUGUAUGGGAUGACCUACGGGACAUAAUCAACGGAGUGAUGCUUACAAACAUCUUUUUCGACACCGACGGGACCCGAAGAAUUAUGUUUGGAGCAGCGAGGUCAUGGCUGACAAGUUUAACGACCAAGCUCUCCCUUGAAAUAUCUCUGCGAAGCGAUUUCUUGGUACUAAAUACUGAAAUGGUUGCCUGCCCUCCACAGCAGUUGCCUGCAGCCCUAGUGCGUGCACAUAUACACUGGGCCGGAGGACUAAAUUUUGUUGCAUGGUACUCUGGAAGCUCACGAUUUGACGCCCUGGCAGACGUUCAACCACCUGCAUAUCGCGACUUGGGGGAGGAUGGUAUUUUUGAGAUGACAAGUCAUGCAGACAUACUCCGUUGUCGCGACAUAGUGGAGGUCAACGUAUCGUCUCUUCGAAAUAAGGGUCCUUAUCGAAUUACAGCGGAUCUUUGGAACCGUAUUUUUAACGAUCUAUCUGAUAUCCCGAACGACCUUAUUGAUGCUUUGGGCGACUGGAUGGAGGGGUGUGAGCAGUGGUCGGAAUUCGAUGGCGCAAUCUACUAUAAACCUUUGCUGCCUGAACUGCCAUGUUAUCUAGAGAUUGACCAUUGCCCCUCCCGUGAAGACAAUUCUGGAAGUUUGAGUGAUGCCAUCCCUGAUGCAGCACCUUCUGUGACAUACUUUGGAGUGGAUUGGUAUGGUUACAGCAGGCGAACAGCUGUUGCUAAUGCCAUCCAGAGCGUUAUGUUCGAGCUCCUGGAUAAACAGCUUCUGGCCUCGGCCCGAUACAAUAUUGAUCUCAGCGAUCAAAAAAACCCUUCAAAAGAGCCCCUUGCACAAUUUGACACUCUUAUAAAUGUCCUCGCUGGCAUUAUAAAUAAACCGACAAAUGCAACAAGGUGGGUCCUGUCACUGCCACGAGAAAGCUGCUCCGAGGCCAUCAUCGCUGCAGUUGCCGACCUCAAGAGUGACUUGCUGGACGAGCGAGCGCAGAUCUGGCUACCGACCAAAGCGGCACUUUUGGCAGGUGUCAAGGAUCGGUCCCCGAAUGUUCCUGUUUGGGCUGUGGCGGGAGUGCGAAAUGGUACAUUCCAUAUGUUUAUCUCGGACAACCAUCCGCAAAUCGGCGAAGCGGUCUUGCAUUUGUAUUUAAAAUAUAGAUACGGAUGGUCGACAGGUCAAUGUCUAUUGGCAGAAACGCUGAUCAGCGCCCAGCGGCGGGAUUUGUCAGAUCUUAGCUUGCCUUGCCCCGCCCGACUCAUCUAUCAGAUUGAUCAUGCCUGCCCUUCUCAACUUCUCACCAUUGUACGCGACGGCCCGAAAGCGCUAAAAGCGUUGGCAGUAGACACUCGGCUAAGCAGCGGAGAAAUCUCCUUCUUAUCUGCACUGUGUCGGUACUUUAGUGUUCGAUCCGAGUAUUGGUUAAUCGAUCACAAACGAUACCUUGACAAUGUGAGAUGCAACCUUGCUGACGGCUACGUACCUCGCAACGCGUUGGAAAUGAGAAUGGGACGCUAUGUAUCCCAGUGCACUCUUGACAACAAUGGUGGUAAACGUCUUCUUGCGGUUGCAAGAGGUAUAACUUCUGAGUUACGAAAGAGAGGUGGGACGGUUCCUGUGAGUCCUGUUCUGGGCGGGCCAGGGGAGCUCUGGACACUAUGCUAUUUCUUUAUGGUCUUCUGGAAAGCAGUGCGGCGAAAUGCAUACGAGGAGAUUUUAGUGGCUCUCGAAGCCAUGAAUCCGAUGUUCCUGCCUGAACGCGAUCAAGUUGCGGUAGCUCUGGAGAUGAUAACUACAAACAGUAAUCUGGUUACAAUCUUUGGGAUGAACAGUUUGUCAAUGGCGGGUGCGCUACAUCCACUGCUGAGGAAGGUGGCGGAAAGGGAGAAAAACAAAAGCAUCCCGCAGGUCAUGGAAACACACAAGGAUGUAGAGGAAGCGACCACGCUGCAAACGGCAGUUUUCGAACCUGACGAUGAAUCAGCCGAGUUGUCUACGGUAGCUUUCGGGAAGAGCAUUCUGAAUGCAUACAUAUUUGUUUAUCCCAUACUACUGGACAUCAUACUGGUUGUAACACUGGGUUCAGGUAUCUUUGCGAGCGACAGGAUGAGCGUCGACGUCCAAGAAAGCGCAAGUCUUGUUCUUCUUGUAAUGUUUCCGAUAGUCGGUGCCGUCAUGAACUCGAUCGGGCGAACGGUUACUUACUACUUCUAUCAACGAAGUAUCCCUGUAAUGAUUGCCGCAUUUUACCGUCGGCUUGCCGCUGCCUGCCUCCUAUUCACGGUAUUUGGCAUCAUGCUUGGAGGUAUAACAUACUAUCGAACGGAUGACCUGAUCCUUGCUGGACUUACCCUCGUCUACGCAAUUUCCUUUGGACUAUUUAUGAUACUCUUUUGUGUGCUCAUCAUAAUGCGAGACCCAGAAGAGUACUUUUUUAAAUCACAAGGGCCGGCAGCUGUCAUGAAAAUGCUCCCAAUCUUAAUCCCAAAUGCCUUUAUCUGCCGUUUUGUCUUGAACGCUACUAUUAAUCCUUACAUAAUUUGGUCCAUGUAUGUGGGUUCCCUCAUACUUUCAACAAUCUACAUGACAUACUCGUACACGCGUAUAGCGGCAGCAUACCUUCGGUGGCCAGAUGCGAUCCAUAUCACACCAAGGGAAAAGAUACUGGAGGCUUACGGGAAGCAUCACCCUCCGCCGGAGCUACAGGCAAAGGAAGACGUAUACACUUUCGGGCGGCGAAGUCGCAGAUGGGAGCGUUUUGCUACGGAGUGGUUCAGCUCACAAGCGGAAGAAGCUCUGCGUACUAGAAGCAGGAAAACCGAACCUCUUGUUCGUAAGCGGCUUUCUAGUUGGUUCUGGGAAAAGCUCUUGAUGGGCUGGUAUAUUCCGCGAUCAGGGAUCAAGCCACCAAAGCCAUUUUCAAGCGAAUGGGAUAGCGUGGUUAAGCAAGCGAUUGCAGAGUUGAAGAAAAAGUAUACCGUCGAAAAGAUCAAUCGCGGUGGAAUCUUGUUUGACAAUGAGCUACCUGCAAUAUGCUUUGGCUUUCUAUAUUUCUUUACCCUUUUUGCCGAUCGAUGGACGGUUCUCAUUGCAUCUGGAAAAGCACUGUUCUUCUUCACAGACGGCAUUGAAAGCGAUUACGUGCAAGGAACGUUGGCCGGAACUAUCUACCUGCUUUUGUCCUCUGGGAUCUUGGAGCUUACUCUGACCAAGUUUUACGAAAAGCACAAGCGUAUUUCUAUGAGGUCCGUUGCUGAGAGCGAAGGGCCAGACGAUAUCAUCACACGUCAUCGAAGAGCCCUUUCAAAGAUAUACGCUAGUGAACUAUGCCGCUUCCUUGUGUUCAGCGGCCUUAUCCUCAUUAUUACCACGGCAUGUGUAAUUACGAUCGGCUUCAAAGAUGAUCGCAUGGAUCUUAUCUACACGUACGCUCUAUCGGCCUUUGGGUUUGCCGGGUUACUUCUUGGGCUAUUCACCAAGUUGUUUGUCACAUCCUUGGAGUCGACUGUCAAUCUAUUUUUAACAAUCGCGAUAGUCAUUAGCAUUGGCGGAGGUGUCGCAGCGGUCCGCAUUCUGGCGAGUAGUGAAUAUGCCGUGAUUGCCACGGCUGCGAGUGGAUGGCUCUUUGCACUUGGGUGUAUCGCGAGUCGAUAUAGUGAAAAGCUCCGCAGCGUUCACUAUAAAGUCCAAGUUUCUCCUGCCCUUACCUCGUCUGGGCAGCGGCAUAUUGGCCACCAUACUACUCCUGCAACUGACAAAGCUCGCAGCCUGCUCGCCGCAAAAUUGAUAGCAAAUAGGAAGAGCUGCCAAAAAAUCCGACCAUCAUCCUCUCUUGGGGAUUCCAUACGUUCCCGUCUGCAGUUUAUUUUGGAGACGAUGGGCGGUCUACCACCGUCGCACCUAUUACGAACUGCUGUUCCGUCUAUUUCAUCCUUGAUUGAAGACCUUUUAUCUGAUUUCAGGUUAGGACAACUAAAAGUUUUUAGAUGCAAAGAGGCGUUGCAACCAGCUGGCAUUAGACAUGCUGCCAUCUCAGCGCGGCCGGCGGCAGUUACCCACCUUCUGUACGUGUUCCUCCCACCUAAAGACAGUGAAACGGCGGAUGAAGAGGACCUGGCUAUCAUUUUGGAGGCCUUACUUCACGAAAUUGCCGAAGCAAAGGGCAUGUCCCACGCUGCUGCUUGCAUCUCCGAGAUGUUUGUGGGAAUCUCCACCGCAUGGCUGAAAGAAGAAAAAACAGACUGGAUUCGGAAUAUAUUCCCUUCAAGGAUAAAGCGCCAAUUGCGGGUCGCAGAUGAUGGAGAAAAGGCCUCGAUGUGGUGCAAAACCAAGGAUGUUGUGGCAUCGAAGGCUUGUUUGAAUUUAGAAGUAGAUGAGAUCUGGAAUCGUAAGAUAUCCCAUCAAGAUCGCGUUUUCUUAGUGGGUGUUGCUCGACUGUGGUGGGAUUCGUUUGAUGAAUCCAUACAGAUUGGUGCCUUGCCACGUAACUUGGCAAAAUAUCUGGACACUGCGCCAAUGUCCAUUGUAAAGUUACUCUCAGCGAAAUGUGGUGAUAAACAGGAGAUCGACUUAAAGGCCCACGCAUCCCAAUCCAUAUUAGCGUCACUCCUAGCUCUGAACAUUCAAAAACUCUACGACGCAGAAAGCGACAAACUUGAACGGGCUUUCUCAGCUCCUAGCAGUCUGUUGCCCCAGCGACACUAUUCGCCCACGACCUGGACCCGCUUUUUCAGUCUUGCUUUAGACAUUCAGGUUUCGCUGUUUUUGGCUCUCACUGCGGAUGAACGUUUUGGACGUGAAGUCGCGUCCCAUACGCUUCUAUUGCGUCUUCCUUGCGCACUUGUUAAUUGGAUGAGUAGGGGCUUAUUGAACACAUUGCAGCAUGGAACGCUGUAUCGUUGGGAUCCUGCGAUAAACAAUACCUUGAAGCAAAUGGAGCGUGGACUCUCACGCAUCCACCAUCAUGGUCGCUCUAUGAAUGGUCAUCAUGGUGUUUCGUGCGUAGAAACGUACCAUGGAGCUACGCACACGAUCGUCGCUGUAGUGACAGGACGUGAGACAAAUGCUCAAUCGGGAAGAGAUUGGCUAACUGUGGAUCGUUAUGCUCUUGGGGGACCAAAACCGCCAAACUGGAAACCUGGUGGAAUGAAACCAGUCAGUCGAGCCUUCUUUGAGGAGGUGACUAUAAAACACAAAAAGACGCUCCGUAUUGCCCACGAGCAUAUUUUCGACAACAACGGGAAUACGUGCAAGAGUCAUGUUUAUGUCUAUCGAGACCCAACGUCCAUCGUUGCCCAACAUCGAUACGUUGUCCCAAAAGCUGUGGAUUCGAAGCAAUGGAAGAGCAGUGACGUUAGCACAGUUGAAGGCACAGACGAACACACAUUUUCGCAGUUGCAUGGUAAUGUUGUUGUGACAGAGGCAACUCUACGCCGCAAGGAUGCAGGAACCGGAAAGUGGGUCACAAUACAAGCAAAGUAUGAGUACAACGACAAGAACAAAUGGGGAACACCAGAUCUUGCAGUUUUCCACGGAGCCUAUCCAUCGCCAUGGAAAAUGAUAGUGGAGUAUGCCAAAUCUUCACGAGGAAUCCAAGAUUCGCCCAGGUUCAUAUCCGUAGAAAUACAGCGAGAGCACGAACGUGCAGUAGUACGUACCAAGUUUGAUUACUCUCAUCCUCAGCAUGUUCGUCAUAAGAGCAUCCGUGUCAUACCGGGUGAAACUGAUGAAGUUAUCGUUGCAACACCUCCCGAAAUUGAACAAGAUCCUCUUAGUUUGCUCAGUACACAGGCACCUGCGAGCCUGUAUUCCAGUUCAGAGUUUUUUGUGUCCGGCUUAACCUCCAAACAUCGCAAAAGCUAUACGCUAAAGUCUCCCUUUGGAAAGUUGGAGCGUAUCGAGUAUUAUUCUGCACCCUACCCUACUCUUCGACGAAGGGAAAUUCUUUGGGCUGCUUGGCGGAGGGGCGACGUACCUGCACCUUUUGCCCGAGAUUUAGAUGAGCGAUUCUUGCGUGCUGAGCCGCUCCUCUCCGCGUAUUGGUGGAGACGGGAUGCGGGACAAUUUAAAGGCGCUCAGAGAGUGCUACGGGAGCAGAAACACAAAUUAAGCGCAGAGCUGCAAAUGCUGGAUCGGCCUGUGACAAGGACGCAUCUCCAGAUAAGGUAUUCUGAUCUGUACAUCUUGGGUUGCGGAGGUGAUGCGCACAAAAUCUAUGCAGAGGGCGAUCUGGAUGAGGAAAACCGACACUCCAUUCGCCAAAGUAUACGGGCAAAUCGAGCGAACGAACUUUUACAGGUUAUGAACCUAGACAGUGGCACAUGGCCAACGGGUGGUGGAGGAGUGGGGUCCUGUCGACGUGAUUUGAUUCACGGUCUUCACCGUGUUCGCUGGACGGCCGUCGCGGAACUGGGUUCGGCAGAACUCGUUCAAAAGGAUUACCCAAUUGAAAAACACAUUGACUCCAUUGCGUACGUGCCUCUUUGGGAUCUUGAUUUUGGAACACCCAACGAGAAUAUUCAUCGAACAAUUCCGUACACCACACUGCAAGCAAAAAGUCGACGGACGACUAAUCAUGUUGUCAAAACCCAAUUUGUCCCUUUGAUUGAAAAGCUUAUCAAGGGUUGCCUUCUUGAUCCGAUCACUGAGCAUGAUGUUGAUGAAUUUGCAAAAGUCUUUAUAGAUUUUCACAUAUUCUUUCUGCAGUACGACUGGACAACUGCAUGGAACCAUGUUCUUACUCAGGAAGCUUGGAUCAGAGGAUGGUUGCAAGAUACAUAUGAGUUGUGGAGUAAAGGACAGCUCCUGGAUCCGGAAACGCCAACAUUGCGGCAUAUCGAAAUGAUGUUUGAUCUCAUUGCCCGUUUGCUCAUGCCUCUCACGGUGGAGAUUCCCGCAGUCCCUGUCGUGCAUGCGUCACAUCACGGAAUCCAGGCGAUUAUUGGGGUCGUUGCAAAAUCGCUGCAUGGAAGUUCCCUGAUUGUGUGGGAUCAUGGGAUCUUGUGGAGAGAACGAUUGUUUGGGUUAUGCACAGAUGAAGCUAUGCCCAAGUUUGUCCAAAUUGCCUUUGCCGGGAUUACAAGGCUAGUGGCCAGGGUUGUGUUUGCCAGGGCGGACUACAUCACCCCGUGCACUAGCGUGCAAAAUGUUCACUGGGAAGCUUGGUUGGCAGGAGGCAAAUAUGGGAAUGCACUUGAAGCGGCAUCCAUGUAUGCGAGGAUUAAUCCCGUCUUAAACGGCAUGGACGUUACAAAGUUCCAUCCUGAUCCCACACAAGAACCAAAUGAACCCACUGCCAUUAUGCUCUCACACAUUUCUCCGGUCAAGGAUGUAAUGAAUGCCAUCAAUGCAGCGCGCAUCAUUGUGCGAGAUUUCAAACUUGAUACGUAUCGAUUACACAUUUACGGAUCAGCGGAAAAAGAUCCACCAUAUACGACCGAGUGCGUACGGGCCAUUGCCAACUACGGUCUUGAGAAGCAUGUUAUAAUGAAGGGCCUGGGUAGUCCUUCCAAAGCUCUACCAACUGGAUCCAUCUUUGUCAAUUCAUCAAUCACAGAAGGCCUUCCUCUCGCCCUCGGAGAAGCGGGUCUUUGUGGUCUACCAGUAGUUUGCACAGACGUAGGAGGAAGCCGCGAAGUCAUUCAAGAUGCACGUGUCGGAGAAACAUAUGGCUGGAUUGUCCCUCCGUCCAGACCAAUGCAGCUCGCGCUCGCUCAAAUGCGGGUAUUGACUGUGACGGAUGGUGUUGCAAACCAGACGACCAAACUGGACGACAUUCUGGGUGCCGAAGACGACGGUGCUUCGCUUGCAGCUAGAAUCAUGUAUCCUGGAGUGAGGGAGAUGCGAAGAAAGCUUGGAAUGAAGUUGCGCGAACGGAUCAUGGCUGUUUUCUCUGUUCGUAGAUAUUGGAGGGAACAUGAGCAGAUCCUCUGGUUGGGUCCUCUGUACGAGCAGGUGAAGAGGUCAGAAUUACCUAUUUCUUGAUUAUCAUUGCGCUGCAACUACAAUAUUACACAUACUACCC